AUUAAUGUUCACUGGACAACCACCUAAAGGUCACACAGACAUGGUCGACUCGAUCGUCAAGCCUUUCACAUGCAACUGCUGCAACACUAGGGAGGAAGAGCCCACAAGUAAAGAACAAAGUGGAGUCAUAAAAGGCAGUGCGACACGGCACAAGCUCGAAGAACAUCACAUGGCUUCGCCUUCCGCACCUCCAUCCAUGGGGCUCUCAACUUUGUUCCUCCUCAUUCUCUCAUCCUCUUUCUGUCCCUCCCGUUCUCUGCACUACGACGCCAUCUUUAGCUUCGGCGACUCGCUCUCCGACACCGGAAAUGUCCGAGUCGCUGGCCUGCCCUACGGCAUGACCUUCUUCCGCCGCCCCACUGGCCGCUGCUCCAAUGGCCGGCUGGUCAUCGACUUCAUUGCUGAGGAGGUGGGGCUGCCAUUGCUUCCGCCGUCGGCAGCAAAGGGCAAAAACUUCCGGCGAGGCGCGAACUUCGCCUACACAGCCGCCACUGCGCUGGACUUCGGCUUCUUCAACCGCCGGGGACUCGGUAGCAAACUCUGGGUCAAUUCCUCCUUGAGCAGCCAAGUCAGGUCGUUUGAGAAGAUGAUGCCUUCACUUUGCAGCUCCACCCAAGCCUGCAAGGCCUACCUCAGCAGGUCUCUUUUUAUAGUUGGAGAGUUCGGAGGCAACGACUACAACACCGCAAUCUUCGCCGGCAGAAGCAUGGCAGAAGUGAACUCGUACGUGCCCAAAGUCAUGCGUGCCAUUAAAUUGGGUGUCGAGAGGUUGAUUGGCCAUGGUGCAGUUGAUAUAGUGGUGCCCGGGAUGCUACCGAUCGGAUGCUUUCCCCUUUACUUGACAUUGUAUGGCAGCUCCAACAAAAAUGACUACACUGACAUCGGAUGCCUGAGGAAGUAUAACGAUUUCGCAGAGCACCAUAAUUCUUUCCUCCAACGAGUCAUCUAUGGUCUUCAGAGGAAGUAUUCUUGGACAAGGAUCAGAUACGCAGAUUACUAUAGCCCGACCCUCCGGUUUGCAUCUAAUCCUACAAAAUAUGGCUUUACUGGUGGAGCUCUGAAGGCGUGCUGUGGGGCGGGCGGGAGCAGCAAGUACAACGUCAACCUCGACAAGGUGUGCGCCAAGCCAGGCUCAAGCGUGUGCAAGGAUCCCUCAACCUACGUCAGCUGGGAUGGCAGUCACUUGACGGAAACUGCUUAUAGCCUCAUCGCCGACGGUUGGCUUCGAGGCCCCUACGCUAAACCAUCCAUCAUGCAGUGGAGUUAAGAGUCAAAGGCCACUGUCUCGUGAAGCUGUAUCUACCAACAUAAACGUUGUAAUCCCAACGACUGCAUUAUGAUCUGGAAAGAGUCUCUUUGCAGAGCUUGUAAUAGCCAGGUUGAAAUGAUACAUGAUCUGUUUUCAUGG